UGAAAGAGAUCAUCAAAGAUGUACUACUGGAAUAACAAGACAGUAGAACAGAGAGGGUCUGGUCUUGUAUGGAAACCAUCAGAAAUUUAAGUUGUGGGUGUAAAGUUUGCACCUCAUUCACUUCGGCGAAAACAAGUGGUUGCCCCUUAUCUGAGUUUUAGAGGGCAACCAUUUAAGACUUGCUCUCUCUCUUUCUUCCCCUUUCAGAACCUCCACUCCACUCCUCACCCCUCACUCGCAGUCAGAGAAGGAUCAUCGCCCAUCUGUCCUCUUUGCAGCACAGCUGAGAAUCACUCGAAAGUUCAGCGACCCUGUACAAAAUCCUAAAUUUCUGUCAUGGAUGCUCCUUCUGGAAGCUGGAGCAUCUACAGCCGGAAAGAGAUAACUCAACGUUAUGAAAUCCUGGAGCGAGUUGGUUAUGGUGCUUACUCUGAUGUCUACAAGGCUCGUCGUCUUUCUGACAAUCUCAUUGUUGCUCUCAAGGAGAUUCAUGACUACCAAAGUGCUUUUAGAGAGAUCGAAGCUCUUCAGAUGCUCCAAAACUCCCCAAACGUUAUUACUCUCCUUGAGUACUUUUGGCAGGAAAAUGAGGACGCUGUUCUUGUUCUUGAAUUCCUUAGGACUGAUCUUGCCUCUGUGAUCAAAGAAGCUAAGAAGAAUUGGGAAACUGGACUCUCUGUAGGCGAGAUCAAGCGGUGGAUGCUUCAGAUCUUGCUUGGUAUCGAUGCUUGCCAUAGGAGUUCAAUUGUUCACCGAGAUCUUAAGCCUGCAAAUCUUUUGAUUUCAGAGGAUGGUGUCUUAAAGUUGGCAGAUUUUGGACAGUCAAGGAUCCUUUUGGAGCCAUGUAUUGAAAAUAUGGACAACAUUCCUCCCGAGCAAAAUUCACCAACAGAUGAGUGGGUUCUUCAACAGCAACCUGAAACUACUUUGGCUACAGAGAAGUCACAGCCAGAAGGUGUCGAAAGUGAUGAGCGAGAAACUAUCAGUAAAGAAGAUUAUUUGCGAGAACUAGAUCGUAUAAAAGUUAAGGAUCCUGAGGAUGGAACUGACAAAGAUCCUAAUAUUCAUGAUGGAAAUACAUCUUGCUUUGCUACUGGAACAGCAAGUGAUCCCGAAGAUGAUCCAUUCAAGAAUUCUUAUACGUAUGAGGUUGAAGAACAUGGAUCUGGUGAUCUUACUUCCUGUGUGGGAACUCGUUGGUUUAAAGCCCCUGAAUUACUAUAUGGAGCAGUUAAAUAUGGGCAGGAAAUAGAUUUGUGGUCGUUGGGUUGCAUUUUCGCUGAGCUGUUCAGUCUGGAACCACUUUUUCCUGGAACUUCAGAUAUUGAUCAACUUAGUAGGAUCAUCAAUGUUUUGGGAAACUUAUCUGAGGAAACCUGGCCCGGAUGCGUGAAACUUCCUGAUUAUGGGAAAAUCUUUUUCAAUGAUAACAAAACCCCGAUGGGUAUACAAGUAUGUCUUCCAAACCGAUCAGCUGAUGAAGUCCGCCUCGUUCAGAAGCUAGUCACUUAUAAUCCAGCUAGCAGAGCUACCGCAAUGGAAUUUCUGCAGGACAAUUAUUUUAGGGAAGAGCCUCUACCAGCCCCAGUAAAUGAACUCAGGGUUCCUUUAACAAACAGUGGGCAAGAUGAGGGUUCCCAACGAGAGUGGUACAACAUGGAUGUGGAUUCAGAUUCAGAUUUUGAUGAGUUUAGCCGUGUGGAUGUUUCCAACACUGAUACAGGAUUCUCUAUUCGGUUUCCUUGAGCACAGAAGCACAAAUGUGAAAGUGAGAUCAGAACUUAAGUUAUUCCCUUACUUUUGUCAUUGGAGGAAUACUAGUUUCUCUAUUCACUGCGAGUGCCAGAGAAGCGCUUUAUAAACUCGUGGCCGGAGCAGGCCAAUAUAAUUGGUUCAUCACUGUCAUAAACUUUUAAAUUCUUAUAUCAAUUACUGCAUGGGAGAAAGCUGUCGAACAGAAAUUCAUACUCUGGGUCAGAUUUAUGUAACAAAAGGGUAUGUUAGAACAUCUUGAUUGGCGUAAAUUUGAACUCAAAAUGUAUUGUAUAAUGAUAUUUAUGUUGGUUGUUUUGAUCAACCGAGAGGAACACAAACCUGAGCUGAAAUGCAGAAGUUUUCGUGUUA